AUGGCAACUCUUUACGCUCUCCAAACGGAGUUAUCUCUCCCCUCUCCAUCCAGUGGGAGUUAUCCCUCCCCUCUCCAUCCAGUGGGAGUUAUCCCUCCCCUCUCCAUCCAGUGGGAGUUAUCCCUCCCCUCUCCGUCCAGUGGGAGUUAUCCCUCCCCUCUCCAUCCAGUGGGAGUUAGCCCUCCCCUCUCCGUCCAGUGGGAGUUAUCCCUCCCCUCUCCGUCCAGUGGGAGUUAUCCCUCCCCUCUCCGUCCAGUGGGACUUAUCCCUCCCCUCUCCGUCCAGUGGGAGUUAUCCCUCCCCUCUCCAUCCAGUGGGAGUUAUCUCUCCCCUCUCCAUCCAGUGGGAGUUAUCCCUGCCCUCUCCAUCCAGUGGGAGUUAUCCCUGCCCUCUCCAUCCAGUGGGAGUUAUCCCUGCCCUCUCCAUCCAGUGGGAGUUAUCCCUGCCCUCUCCAUCCAGUGGGAGUUAUCCCUGCCCUCUCCAUCCAGUGGGAGUUAUCCCAGCCCUCUCCAUCCAGUGGGAGUAAUCCCUGCCCUCUCCAUCCAGUGGGAGUUAUCCCUGCCCUCUCCAUCCAGUGGGAGUUAUCCCUGCCCUCUCCAUCCAGUGGGAGUUAUCCCUGCCCUCUCCAUCCAGUGGGAGUUAUCCUUCCCCUCUCCAUCCAGUGGGAGUUAUCUCUCCCCUCUCCAUCCAGUGGGAGUUAUCCCUCCCCUCUCCAUCCAGUGGGAGUAA